CUGGAUUUUUCCUGCAGUAGUAUUCAUCGGUUGCAACGGUCAUGCGUACAGUGUUUUCCUCAGCCAUUAACUGAACUUCAUCAGAACUACGUGGAUCUACUCGAAUUUUCAAGGUUCGGUGGAAUGCCUUAUCCAAUCCUACCUGGUGCACGUUCUCCAUCACCAUGGUUUGCGGAUCUACGUUAUACCAUAGCUACUCCACUACCGCACUCGUAUCCCAAAGUUCAGAAGGAGGUGAUGGAAUCGAAAAGAGUGGCUUGCGCUAUAGAAGCAGAAGAAGCUCAAAAUCCUAAUUUGUCCAGGCCACAGUUGAGGAGAAAAUUAAGAGGGUUCUUUAUGGAUAUACGAGCUGCAGUUUCACGGUUCAUUUGCAAAAUCUGUGGCUAUCUUCUUUUUAAGGUCUUUCGUCAUCUUAUGUCACAUCUGCUUGUGAGUCCCCAACAACUCAAAAGACUUACUGAAGCAGAAAAGACUGGUACUCCACUUGUGUACCUUCCUCUUCAUCGAUCGCAUCUUGAUUAUCUCCUUAUCACGUGGACCGCCUGGCAUUUCGGUCUGCGCUUACCACACAUAGCAUCUGGUGAUAAUCUGAACCUCAGUGGUCUUGGAUGGCUGUUACGUUCCACUGGUGCAUUUUUCAUUAGGCGAGCAACUAACGUGCAGGUUAGCCGUGGCAGAGACUCAUUGUACAGAGCCGUUCUUCAUUCAUAUAUCGAGCAGCUUUUGAAUAAGGGUCUUAGUAUAGAGUUUUUCCUGGAGGGCACAAGGUGUCGCUUUGGUAAAUCUCAGCUGCCAAAACAUGGGCUUAUAUCAAAUGUGAUUCAAGCAGUGCAGCAAAAAGCCAUCUCGAACUGUUAUCUGGUGCCAGUGUCGUAUACUUACGACAACAUCGCAGAAGGUGUAUUUUUGGAUGAAUUGGUAGGAAUACCAAAGAAGCGUGAAAGCGUCUUCGGUGUGCUCUAUGCCGUUUUCAAGAGUUUUGGAAAGUCAAGACGAUGUGGGGCGGUGCGAUUGCACUUCGGAAACCCUAAUUUCUUAACAUUUCAGGACUACUUAAUCGCACUUCAAGGGGUCGUCAUGUCUAAUAACGUCACGCCUCAGUUGGGGCGUAUGACCCACUCUUUCUCGUAUAGAGAACUUAUACCUUGGCACACUGGGCAUACGGAGAAGGCUUCUGAUCGAAAUUUGAUUCGAGCGAUAGGAUACCACGUUCUCUAUGGUAUCCUCUUCUGUAGAAUGUUUUGCUCUAGUAUUAUGCCGUGUGAGAACAUUCGUGAAGUUAUUAUGGCUGUCGUUGGUAAAGAAGGUCUUAGUCGUAUGCAGCAUGGUUUGCUGAAUCUACAAGAGAACGAAGAUGAUUUCGCUGGUGGUGACCGCAUUAGUGUUCAGGUACGUGAUUCAUUGUCGUGUGACCUUCUGAUGUUCUAUUCGAAUUUCCUGAGGCCAUUUAUGCAGUCGUUGUACAUUGUCGUUGACAGAUUACUUCUGGAAUCGGAAACAAUCCGAAAUUGGUGUCACUUUUGUGCCACAACCGCUUACUACACACCGUUUCCUCUGAUGUUGGAGGCAGUGAACUCAGACUCAUUUCGGAAUUCACUUCUCCUGUUACGACAAAAAGGAAUACUCUCAGAAGAUUCAAAAUGUUUGCAAAGGCACGAAGGAGAAGUAAUGCACGCCACUUUAAUAAGAUUGUUGACUAUGGAACAGUACACAUGUACUGGAAGUAUCUGUUGGUUCGGGUCUGUACAUGUUUAG